ACUUAAAAUUCACAUAACUGUUUAAAACAGAUUCAAGAUAUACAACUUAAACAUAUUGAAAUUAAUAGUUGAAUCUCAAUGAGAGGUUACAUACCGAUAUUAUUGUUGACUUUGGUCAAAAUUAAUUAUUCUUAAAAAAGUGAAAAAAAGUAAAUAUAGUUGAAUAUUGAUCCAACACGACUCGUUCAGUACAAAACCAAAGUCUAGUCUUUUUCUUCUCUUUCAUAGAUUGAUGCUUCGCAUAUUUUGAGUUAUCAUCUUCAAAAUUGAACCCAUUUUGGCUUUGUUGUCACCAUUCAAUUUUUUAUAUAUUCAAUUCACUAUUAGUAUUACCACAAUAAAUUCUUCAUUUUCAAUAUAAAAAAAAAACCCUCCUCAAGAACCUUUGACAACCACAUCAGACAAACAAUUUCGUAAAUUUCAAGGCAAAUUACCAAGAUCCUUUUUCUUUUAAGGUUGUCGUGUUUUGUAAAAUAUCAAAAAACAUCAACAAACAAACACAAACGUUGUUUGUUUGUUAAUUUUGUUAAUUCCAAUUCCAAAGAUUUAAUAUUAGAUCUUUGGUUUUGGGAAAUGGCUAGAGGGAAUAGAUCGUUGAAUAGUAGCAGUAGUAAAUGGAGAUACUGUAAUCCAGCUUAUUACUUGAAGCGUCCAAAGCGUCUUGCUUUGCUUUUCAUUGUUUUUGUUUCAGUUUCUUUUCUUGUUUGGGAUCGUCAAACUUUAGUCAGAGAACACCAGGUUGAAAUUUCUGAGCUACAGAAAGAAAUCUCUGACUUGCAAAAUUUGGUGGAAGAGUUAAAUAAAGUGCACGGUGGCACUGUCGCGAAGAUUGACACGAAGGGAAAAACUAACAAGUCUGCUAAAGAGGUCUCGGAUGAUCCCGUUGAUAACCAGAGAAGGGACAAAGUAAAAGAAGCAAUGCUUCAUGCUUGGAGUUCUUAUGAGAAAUAUGCAUGGGGCCAAGAUGAACUUCAGCCACAAUCAAAGAGUGGUGUCAAUAGCUUUGGAGGUCUUGGAGCAACUUUAAUUGAUUCGCUUGAUACUCUAUACAUUAUGGGUCUCGAUGAACAGUUUCAGAAAGCCCGAGACUGGGUCGCAAACUCUCUGGAUUUUAACAAGGAUUAUGAUGCAAGUGUUUUCGAGACAACCAUAAGAGUAGUAGGUGGCCUUCUUAGCACAUAUGAUCUUUCAGGGGACAAAAUUUUCCUUGACAAAGCUAGAGAUAUUGCAGAUAGAUUACUACCUGCAUGGAACACACCUACAGGAAUUCCUUAUAACGUCAUCAACUUGUCACAGGGACGCGCACACAAUCCUGGUUGGACUGGGGGUGAGAGUAUUUUGGCAGAUUCUGGCACCGAACAACUAGAAUUCAUUGCUCUAUCUCAAAGAACCGGAGACCCGAAGUAUCAGCAGAAGGUGGAGAAUGUAAUAACAUUUCUUAAUAAAACAUUUCCUGAUGAUGGAUUACUCCCUAUCUAUAUUAAUCCUCAUAGCGGAACAACAGGUUAUUCUCCCAUCACAUUUGGCGCCAUGGGUGACAGUUUUUAUGAAUAUUUGCUUAAAGUUUGGGUACAAGGGAAUAAGACUUCAGCUGUAAAGCUUUAUAGAGAUAUGUGGGAGAAAUCAAUGAAAGGUCUCUUGAGUUUGAUUCGGAAGUCAACGCCAUCUUCUUUUACUUAUAUAUGUGAGAAGAGUGGAGGAUCUCUCACUGAUAAAAUGGAUGAACUAGCAUGCUUUGCUCCAGGGAUGCUUGCUCUGGGAUCGGCUGGUUAUGGUCCUGAUGAUUCACAAAAGUUUAUGUCACUUGCAGAAGAGCUUGCUUGGACAUGUUACAAUUUCUACCAAUCAACUCCAACAAAAUUGGCUGGAGAGAACUAUUUCUUUCAUUCUGGGCAGGACAUGAGUGUCGGUACAUCAUGGAACAUCCUGAGGCCAGAGACGGUUGAGUCACUCUUUUACCUUUGGCGCCUAACUGGCAACAAGACAUACCAAGACUGGGGUUGGAAUAUAUUUCAAGCUUUCGAGAAGAACUCCCGCAUAGAGUCAGGCUAUGUUGGACUAAAGGAUGUUAACAGUGGUGUUAAAGACAACAUGAUGCAAAGCUUCUUUCUCGCGGAGACUCUGAAAUAUCUUUAUCUUCUCUUUUCGCCUUCUUCAGUCAUUCCAUUAGACGAAUGGGUAUUCAACACAGAAGCACACCCUUUGAGGAUUGUGACGAGGGACGAAGGGGGAGUUGUUAAGAAGUUAAAUGAGAAGAAGCAAAAACCUUUUCCUAGAAUAGGUGGCAGAAAGGAAGGUCGGACAGGUUAGACGAUGAACCCGUUUACCGAGAUUCAAAGAAGAGGAGUUUGUUCCAUUAUGGAACUUGUAAGAUGUUAGAAGAAUUCCUUGAUUGGGAAGCAAUUGUGAAACUGGUUGCUACAAAUGGUGAGUGAGUAAUAUAGGAAAUAGAAAUAGGUCUUCAUAUCUUACAAAAUGGAUUUACUCAAGGUGACUUGACCUUUCUGUUGAUGACUGACACUUUUGAAAUUCUGGCUAAAAUAGGUUGUGGAACCAAAUUUUCUGAGCAUUUCAUACAUGAUUCAAGUUUCUGAGGCCUAUAUCUA